GCUAUCUACUCGGCUCCGUUUCCCUCUGAGAGAAGCAAGAGUGCCGAAUUCACCGAUGUGAAGAUGCCUCAGCGUUUUGAGGGUCCAAAAACACUCAACAGGGUCAAUCUAAGGAGCGGCACUGGAUGCCAUGUCGAACAUGCGGCGUCCACCACGCUUCCUGAUGACCGCAAUUGGGCCUCCUGUGCCACCUUUGAUAGAUUAACGAGACCAGUUGGUCACUGGUUCCUCUGAUGUUGGGGACUCGCCUGAAUGGACGAAAAACCCCACGGCCGUACCUGCCCUCCCCUGGGAGAGGGGAAUUGCAAGCAAACCGUCGGUAGCUAGGUAGGUUCCUGUGACAUUUCGUCUUCGCAACCUCCCUUCACGCCUUUCUCUCCAUUCUACUGUCACAUCAAUCUCCUUUGUGGAAAUGCCAUAGCUCUUUUGAGUCCAUCAUCGUUACCCAUGCCCACCAUGCAUAUGGUGCUGGCACCUAAGAAACGGCUGCUCCAAAUCCCAACGCUGUUCUUCCUCUUCCUAGUCUUCUUCUUCUACCGUACAACAUUUGACCCCGGUCGAGACACGGCGAUUGAUAGGGCGCUCGGUAUUCCUCGAACUCUUGCUGCAAACGAGACGUUGGGAUUCGGCGCUGUCCUCGUCGUAUCCAAACAAGGCUCCCGGCGACGCCACGCACUUAUCCAAGCCGCGAACGUCACAGACAUUGAGCUCACUAUACCCAGGCAGCCCAAAUGGACUGAGGAGCAGCUGGAAGACUUUAGCAAUGGCGAGGACAUGGCGGAGCAUCGAGGUUCCAUGUUGGCGUGGUUGGGCCAUCACAACGUUCUGAAAUGGUUCCUCCAUUCCGGCCUGGAGACGGCCCUCAUCCUUGAAGAUGACGUCGACUUCGAUAUCCGACUGCGCAGCGUUCAGAUACCUCUCGCUGCUCGUGCGGCCCGCGCUCUGCUACCGCCCGCAAAGUCGCGCUCGAUGAUAGCCGCUUGGAUCGGAAGGUAUAGGGGCUUCUCGCACUACUGGGGGAAUCCAGCAUCAUGGGACCUACUGUAUAUCGGACACUGCGGAGACUAUUUUCAUCCCGUCUCCUUCGAAGGCAUUGCGCAGAAGCCAGGCGGCUACAACCUCAGCAAGAUCGCGCACGCUACGUACCACGAUCCCACUUUUCCGCGCCCAGACGAACUGCAUCCCUUCACGCAGAGUCUGAUGUACAAGCUCAGGGUACCAUAUAACCACAGGGUAUUGCAUCGGUCACAGUUCCCCCUCUGCUCAUUUGGCUAUGCCGUGACCCGGGCCGCUGCGGAGCGUCUCCUUGAUGAUCUCGCACCGGCGCGUCUGCUCCCCACAGGCCCACGAGCAUUCGACGUCGCUCUCCUCCAAGCAUGCGUCAAAGGCUCGGAGACGGCGUCUCCAACUCCUCAGCAAUACAUCGAUUCACGGCCGGAACUUCGAUACAAACACAAAAAUGCAAGUCCGGGGCUUAGAUGCUGGACAGUCAACCCGGAACUCUUUCAUCAUAUGCCAGGCGAGAGCGAGAUUGCGCGUGUUGGCGAGGAAACUCACGGCGCGAAGACGCAUCUACCACCUGUCGACCAGGCUGCCCAGCAAAUUGUACGGGAACGGAAUGAGACUGCGAAUAUAGGAUGCGGGUUCUGGAGCGGCGAGUUUUCUUUCAAUGACGGCGAUAUGCAACGGCUUCGGUUCUUGCGGGAACAUGUAGGACGGAAGGGGGAGUGCUUGAAACCGGGUAGGGAGUCGAUAUGAAGCUGAAGAGCGUCGUUUUUCCACGGGGAUGGGCACUUUUCAUUCGAAUCAAAGCUCUGCGGACGUAUAACAUCGGAUGGAGCAGGGCUUGCAUUCAGUCAAAGAACUGAAGCUUUUAGUGUGAGGAGGGGUUUGGGCGAGGCGCAAUGAGCGCAAUGGGCUCAGUUGUGUCUGAUGAAUACCCUCAUUAUCCGCUCCCAUUACAGUGUAGUUCGAGACGAAGGGGUUGAUAUUCUUUCAGUCCAGCGUAUAAGAGAAGAGAAGGCUCAAUAAUUCUAGAUACUGUGC